ACGGGUAGUGACGAGUACAACGGAGGGACAUGGCGAAUCGUGUUCGCGUGCAGCCGGCCAAGCACUUCGGUCCUCGCUCCCCUUCGAGAUUCAUUCCUCGCUGAAGGUCCGGGCUACGGCGGUUGACGGAACGAUGACCGUGGCGUUGAUCCGGCAGUGCCAUGUCCCUGGUGAACCUCUUCGGCGGCCUCCGGCGGCUGCUGCGCCGGCGAAGCAUCCAGAUCGACAACUGCGUCUUCCGGCUGCACUGGUUGGUGACGUCAUCCGUGCUGGUCGUCUUCAGCUUGGUGGUGACUGCACGGCAGUAUGUUGGCGACCCCAUCGAGUGCGUGCCUCCCACGUCCGACUUUCCCAUGGAAGUGCUGAACACCUACUGCUGGAUUCAUUCCACAUUCACCAUCCCGGCGGCCUUCAGCAAGAAGGUCGGGUACGAUGUGCCACAUCCGGGCAUCGACAACGCCGAAGACAACAUCACCAACCGAAGGUACAACGCAUACUACCAGUGGGUCUGCUUUAUGCUGUUCUUCCAAGCGAUACUCUUCUACGUUCCAUACUACAUCUGGAAGAACUGGGAGGGCGGGCUUCUAGAAGCCAUCACAAUGGGCAUGCAAGUUGUCAUUAUGGAGGACCAGGAGCGCGAUCACAAGAAACGCAUCCUCACGGAGUAUCUGCACCGGCACAUGCGCCAUCACAAGUUUUACGCGCUCAAGUACAUCGUCUGCGAGUUUCUCAGCCUGGUAAAUAUCAUCGGACAGAUGUUUCUCAUGGACAAGUUCCUGGGAGGGGAGUUCUGGCGGUACGGCACGAAGGUCGUAAGUUUCGCGAUGAGCGAUCAGGAGGAGCGCAGCGACCCUAUGAUAUAUGUAUUUCCCAGAAUGACGAAGUGCACAUUCCGCUCGUUCGGGUCAUCGGGGGAUGUCCAGUCGCACGACUCCCUUUGCCUUCUUCCCCUGAACGUCGUCAACGAAAAGAUCUACAUCUUCCUCUGGUUUUGGUUCAUCAUACUGGUGACGCUAACCUCCUUUGUGUUCGUGUUGCGGAUAGUCGUGCUUAUGGUGCCCAAGUUUCGCUUCCACAUGCUCAAGUCGAGGAGCCCCCUGAUGAACCCCGAGGACCUCCAAGUGUUGUCUCGCGUGGCCAACGCCGGCGACUGGUUCCUCUUCUACAUGCUCGCCCAGAACCUCGAUCCUCUAGUCUACAAGGAAGUGGUGUCCGACCUGACAGCACUCAUGGAGGGAAAGGUAGAGGAAGCUAGGGCGCCUCUCAACUCCAUCUGACGGUGGCAACGCAGUCUUCCCAAGGACAGCAGCGUGGCAGUGCCAAUCGAAGAGCCGCAGCGUCUUCAGGGCCCGGUCCGGGCGGCUGACAUGCGAGCUGGCACCGCGCCACUCCGUUACGAAAACCAAAGACCCCACGAGAGGUACGCGGCGCGAAAGUCUCACCAGGAAACCGCACGCCGAGAGGACAGAGGUGGCGGCCGCCGAAAAUAACGGAGCUGAGCGAAACUCUGCUGAAAAAAAGAAGAAGUCUGAAAACUGGGAAGUCUGCGUCUUUCACCUGUCAAAGAGGCGUUCCUUUCAGGUCAAGUUACGCCCUGAAAUUCAAAGUGCAAACAAGACGGUGAUCAUGGGACACCACUCGAGGUCCUGGAUGUUAAGGGAUCCAAGCUGUCUGACAUUCAAUGAAUGUGAUCACCUCAUCCUACAGCGGCGGCCUCGCAAGUAUGCAUUCCCAAACGAAAAUAAGAAAUGACUCUUUAGUAAUGAUGGGUGUCGUGUUUCCUGUAUUUGGGCUAAGUUGAAUUGUCGAUAUCAUAGUUGUGACGACGGACUAUGGGUUUUUUGUCUGGUCAAUAUAAAGUGCUAAAAAGUUGCUGAUAUUUUGACUGGGCAAUGAGAGAAACAGCGAGUUGGUGCACAAUUAUUAAUAUGAAUAUUUUACUUAUCGAUAUAGUUUUAAGAUCACAUUAUUUCUGUCUCGCGAGUCAUCCGACUGAAUCAGAAUUUACUCAAUCAUUCGUUGAGUUUUGUUUGCCGUCCAGUGUCUUAAAGUUAACCUUUCCAUUUGUACUUAAAACAAUGUCCAAUCUAUCGGGAUUGGGCAUGGUUAAAUUUUGGAAAUGAAGAAGCAGAUUUGCAUAAAUCUGCUUCUUCAUAAAUGGGCGAGAACAAGAUAUGUGUCUGUGUGUAUUUAAUCCCGCUCAUUAAUGAAUACCAUUGAUACUGUUGCAGUUUAUUUAAUCAGUAAAUGGUUAUUAUGGUCUAGCUAUGGCACUAGUCGUUGCUGAUGUUAGUUCUAACGCGACUAAUAGAUCUCGAAAAAUGUUGAAAUUCUUAUUUCUUUCGACCAUACUUUGUCCGCACAUAAUUUGACAGCGGAGUGGCGGCUGCGUAGUAUUAGGAACAAUAAAACCUCAGUCUCAUGGCACGUAAUAUAGAACCCCUGUAUGUGAGCCAAGCACAGGAGAACCUGGUCAUGUGACACACAGCCAGGUUUUGUUGGUCCAGCAAUCAGUAGAUAUUAUUACAUUUUGAGUUAAUUGGCGUUCGUAGUUUAUCCAAGGUUAGCUGCGGACGGAUGAACACUAAUACGCGGUGCACACCUUAAUGACGGAUCUCGCAAACUUUAAACAUUUGUAAACAUUUAACGAGAAAAAAAAGACGCGUAAUAUUUAAAACACUCAUACUUUUUUUUUUUUGAUUUUUGCUAUGAAAAUAAUUUGUAUCGUUGUUUGCGAUUGUCACACAUACGUCUGUACAUCAUGACAAGCCCUCGGGAUGAGUAUUGUUUACUGCAAUCCAUGUUUUUCAUGAUAAUUUUAGUGCUGAUAUGGCCGCACGUUCACCUACCAAAAAUACAAAUCGGUUGUCUCUAGAUAAAUUGGGAAGCCGGGUCACUUAGAAGUAAAACUGUUUUCAUUAAUACAAGAAAAAAUCAGUCAGCUAUAAAAGCGUUCGUCUACAAUACCUACCGCAGCGGGAGGGUAAUCGGAUCAGUUGUGCACCGAAGUACCGUGGCGUCUUCAGCGCCUCCUCUCAGGCGUGAUCACACAAGGAUUCUCCCGUACAAGGCCUUCACCCUUAGAAGCCGAUAGGGCUGGGAUUUCAACACAGCACCCAAGAGAUCGACAGUACAAUCGUCAGCUCCUAUACGGCACCCCUAUUAUGCGUAAGCACACUCGGCCACGUAUUUCCCAAAAGAUUAUGUUCAGGUUUAUUCAAAUAAGUUCGAUCGAUCGUUUUAGACUUAUCGUAGGAAUGAGUACGCCCUGAUAACCUUAAGAGUUCAUGGCUGUCCUUUAGCGCAAGAUAAAUUCGGUUGAAUUCAAGUAGGCGGUGAUGACAGUCACGUACAACCAAUUGCGUCCCAGCUUUGACGCAUGCUUUGAUAUUUUUCCACGGCGUGAUAUUGCACGUUAAAAAUAUUGAUAAAUAUUAUUAUUAUAAUUUGUAACUGUAUGAGAUGAAAAGUGGAUCUUUCCAAAGUAAAAUAGGCUCAGAUUACAAUACAACGAAGGAUCUAUUUUGCGUAUAUAUUCAUGUGAAAGUCGGCUGUCUCGAGGUGGUAAUGUCUGCAUCUGGGUAUAUACGGACUUCAAUGAUUUAUGUCGGGCGGGGGGGGGGGGGGGGGGGGGGGGGGGAGUAAUAGAACUUUCUUUCCGCCUUAUUAUUACGUGAUAGGGCAUGGCACUGAUCGGUGAGAUGGAAGCUGUCUCUAACGGCGGUAUUAGCUCGAAUCGCUAUAGGGUAUUACCCGCGUAAUUAUCGUUGCCUUUUAGUCUUCAUUGUUUGUAAUACGUGUUAUCUUAUGUUUGCUCGCAUACUUCUACAGCAAUGUGUAAAACAACUUUCUGUAUUUUUUAUGGUGCUUUAUUUUUAUGUAUUUGUCUUUCAUAGCGUAGACGGUGACAGGAGAGGAAACUAAAGCACAUAUAGAUUAGUUCCUCUUUGUUUUGUUUUUUUCAUUUCUCAUCCUCGAAAAAAAAAAGUAGUACGAGGUAUUGUGUAGCUUUCCAGUAAACAUCGAGUAUAGGUUUCUUUCGAAAUGGCAUGUUAGCUACAUUUGUGAGUAUCGUAGUAUAUUUCUAUAUUACAGCGUGGCAGUAGCGGUGUAUCUGUAAUCGAUAGAGUGUUUCGUGAAAUAUUGUUUUACCUUUAAAGAUUUGCAAUUAUUUUUAUACGUUUAUACGAGAGCGCCAUUUGCUACACCUGCUAUGCUGAUUUUUUUGUUUCAUACUGCGUGUGAGUUUGUGUGGAACUAUGUGUUGGAACACACAUGACUGCCAUGAACAUAACAUCGUUCCUUUUACGGUAUUUAGUGUGAAUUUUGAAAUAAUAAAAAAUAAAUCAUGUUUUUCACUAAGACGUC